AUGGCGCCAGCUGGGGGAGGAAACAUCAAGGUGGUGGUGAGAGUGCGGCCGUUCAAUGGCAGAGAAAUCGACCGCGGAUCAAAAUGUAUCGUGGACAUGCAAGGGAACCAGACCGUCAUCACGCCGCCUGAAGGUCAUUCGGUUAAAGGGACCAAAGAUAAUGCCCCAAAGGCCUUUGCCUUCGACAGGUCAUACUGGUCCUUCAACAAGGACGCCCCCAAUUAUGCGGGCCAGCACAACCUCUUUGAAGACUUGGGUGCGCCGCUCUUGGACAAUGCCUUUGAGGGAUACAACAACUGUAUUUUCGCCUAUGGCCAGACCGGUUCCGGAAAGUCAUACUCCAUGAUGGGCUAUGGCAAAGAAAUUGGUAUUAUUCCCAUGAUCUGUCAGGAAAUGUUCCAGAGGAUCGAUAAGAUACAAGGAGAGAAAUCGAACAAAUGCACCGUCGAAGUGUCGUAUCUGGAAAUCUACAAUGAGCGAGUCCGUGAUCUGCUCAACCCGUCAACAAAGGGCAACUUGAAAGUUCGAGAACACCCGUCCACUGGUCCAUACGUUGAGGAUCUCGCCAAGCUUGUUGUGACGAGUUUCCAGGAAAUCGAAAACCUCAUGGACGAGGGAAACAAGGCUAGAACUGUUGCUGCAACCAACAUGAACGAAACGUCCAGUCGAAGUCAUGCCGUUUUCACGCUCAUGUUGACGCAGAAGAAGUAUGACGCCGAGACAAAAAUGGAGAUGGAAAAGGUUGCCAAGAUUAGUCUGGUCGAUUUGGCUGGUUCUGAGAGAGCCAACUCGACUGGUGCAACCGGCGCGCGAUUAAAGGAAGGCGCGGAAAUCAACAGAUCGCUUUCUACGCUUGGUCGUGUCAUUGCUGCACUGGCAGAUUUGUCUACUGGCAAGAAGAAGAAGGGCGCCUCUCAGGUGCCGUAUCGUGACAGUGUCCUUACCUGGUUGUUGAAAGACUCCUUGGGAGGAAACAGUAUGACGGCCAUGAUUGCAGCUAUCAGUCCUGCCGACAUCAAUUAUGAUGAGACGAUAAGCACGCUUCGAUAUGCCGAUUCUGCGAAGCGAAUCAAGAACCACGCUGUGGUCAACGAGGAUGCGAAUGCUCGUAUGAUCAGAGAACUGAAGGAGGAACUGGACCUUUUGAGGAGCAAGCUUGGCGGCGGUGGUGGCGGCGGUGGUGGAGGUGGAGGUGCCGGCGUACCUCCCGAUGAAAUUUACGACGAGAGCACCCCCCUGGAGAAACAGAUAGUAAGCAUCACGGCAGCUGAUGGUACGGUCAAGAAAGUCUCAAAGGCAGAAAUUGCAGAGCAAUUAAGCCAAAGCGAGAAGCUGCUUACGGACCUGAACCAAACAUGGGAGGAGAAGUUGGCCAAGACGGAGGAGAUUCACAAGGAGCGUGAGGCAGCCUUGGAAGAACUCGGCAUCAGCAUCGAAAAGGGAUUUAUUGGUCUUCACACGCCAAAGAAAAUGCCCCAUCUUGUCAACCUGUCAGACGAUCCCCUCCUAGCAGAGUGUCUAGUUUACAACCUCAAGCCUGGCACAACCACCGUAGGCAAUGUCGACACAAACGCAGAAAAUCAAGCCAACAUCCGCUUGAACGGCACCAGGAUAUUACACGACCAUUGUACUUUUGAGAAUGCCGCUGACGGAGUCGUUACUGUCAUACCUAGAGAAGGAGCUUCGGUCAUGGUCAACGGCAAGCGAAUCACCGAGCCGAAGCAGCUCCAUUCCGGGUUCCGAGUCAUUCUCGGAGACUUCCACAUCUUCCGAUUCAACCAUCCCAUGGAAGCCAGGGCAGAAAGAGCCGAAGGCGAGGGCGCAAGACAAAGCCUAUUGCGACAAUCUAUCACCGCCAGCCAGCUUCAAGCCCUCAGCCCAACGCCGCAGACUCCUCGAACGCCCGGCCACGAAAGGUCGUUUAGUAGAGUCUCGGUCUCAGACAGUGGGGAACUGUCUCGGCCUGAUUCACCUGCCUUUUUCUCGCGUAAUGGCAAGGAUUCCGAUUGGUCUCUCGCUCGCAGAGAAGCUGCCGGUGCCAUUCUUGGGACUGACCAUAACUUCGCCAGUCUGACCGAUGAAGAGCUAAACUCAUUGUUUGAAGAGGUCCAAAGAGCUAGAGCAGAGCGUGUGAAUGGACGUGAUGAUGGAGAUGAUUCGGAAUCAGCUACGUCGUAUCCGAUAAGGGAGAAAUAUAUGUCGACAGGAACUAUUGAUAACUUUUCUCUCGACACGGCUCUGACGAUGCCCUCGACACCAAGACAGGGAGAUCAAGAUGACCGAUUUAGGGAAGUUCGGGAAGAACUCCAGUCUCAGUUCGAGAGGCAGAAAGAGGAAUUCCGGGGCCAACUCAGGGGUGCAGAGGCUUCUGACAUGGAAGUUGAAGAAAUCAGGCAAGAAAAGGCUCGCAUGGCAAACGCCCUCAGAGAACUCAAAGAGGAUAUGGAGAAGCAGCUCAGCCUUCAGCGCAAGCAGUUUGAGGAGAAAAUCGAGAAGAUGGAUCCCCUGAAGCGCCCCAAGGCCAGCCCUAGGCUGUCUGAUGCGGAAAUUGCGAUUGCAAAGAAGACGGUCAAGGCAUGGCGCAGCCGCCACUUUGUCAAGAUGGCCGAGACUGUGCUCCAGAACGCAUCCAUUUUGAAAGAGGCGCAAAUCAUGGGCAACGAGCUUGACGAGAACGUUGUUUUCCAGUUCACCACUGUUGAUAUGGGACACGUGCUGUGUUCCUCCUACGAUAUGGUCCUUAACGGCUUAACGAGUGAAGGAGAUGAUGUGGCGCUGGAGGAGGCCUAUAAGCCUUGCAUCGGUGUCCGCGUAAUUGACUACAAGAAUAACGUAGUUCGCCUAUGGAGUCUUGAGAAGCUGUAUGACCGGGUGCGUGUGAUGCGCCAGAUGCACCAGUACCUCGAUCAGCCCGAGUAUGCCCAACACCUGAGCUUAGACAACCCGUUUGUGGAGACAAACAUGCCUGCCUACACUCUAGUUGGCGAGGUGGACAUUCCCCUAAGGGCCGUGUUUGAAAGCCGUGUCCAAGAUUUUGCGCUCGACGUCCUUUCUCCCUACACCUCUCACGAGGUUGGCAUGCUUAAAUUGUCUCUGGAGCCAUCCCAUGCCCGCGCACCGACCAACACGCUCAAAUUCAACGUCGUUAUGCACGAGAUGGUGGGCUUUGCUGAGCGAGAGGGCACGGACGUCCACGCCCAAUUGUUUAUUCCUGGCAUCUCCGAGGAGGAUGGUAUCACGACAACGCAAAUGAUUCGAGACUUUGACGAAGGGCCAAUCCGCUUCGAGAGCGUUCAUAGCAUGAGCGUGCCCUUGUUUGCAACUCCAGAGGUUACACUGAGAGCAGCCAUCUUCGCCAGAGUUUCGACAAUGCACCUUGAUAAACUCCUUAGCUGGGACGACAUGAGAGAUGCGUGCCCCACGGCAGAUGGUGCAAAGGCCGCUCGUAUCAAUGAAUCGCAGUUCUACACGCAGGAAAAACACGACCUACUUUCUAGGAUCCAAAUUAUGGAGCUCAACGAGCACGGAGAGUAUGCGGCUGUCGAAGUGACGCAGUCUAGCGAGCUCGACAGUGGAACAUUUCAGCUGCACCAAGGAUUACAGAGACGUAUCAGCAUUGACAUUGCGCAUAGCUCGGGGGAUAUCCUGCCCUGGGGAGAUGUUACUGCCGUCCGUGUUGGUAAAAUUCGUACGGUCGACUCCGCUGGCAAGUCUCCCGACAUGGUCACCGAUCGUGACAUCUCCCUCAAGCUUGCAGGAAACCCCGUUUUCCGCGAGAAUCCCAACGGCACGCGCAACAUCGUGGUGCAAGCCCAAUGGGACUCCAGCUUGCACAAUUCACUUCUCCUCGACCGUGUUACGCCUGAAAAGUUCCGUGUGCAGAUGACUGUCUCUUGGGAUAUUUCUUCAGAGAAGCUCGCGGAGCCCAUGAGAUUCUCUCAAAAAGUGAACCUGCAAAUGAUGUCCCGUACGUUUGUCCGACAAAGCAACAUGUUCUCGUCGCUAUUCCAGAACAUGCGGUUUGUGCGCUCCUCGACUGGAAUCUUUACCUUGACCAUGAAGCCUGCCCCUAUCAAGAGAGUAGGUGACUUGUGGAGGAUGAACAGUCAACACGACUACGUCAAGGGUGAGGAAAAUCUGCAUAGCUGGACCCCUCGAGGCGUGUCUCUUGUCAGUGACUUCCUCCACUCAAAGAAGAAGAGGCGGCGCAACGCUGAGCUCGGCGCCAUAAGCAGCAUGCUUGCUCAGUAUGGUAUCGAUGUUACAGCCGCCGGGCAAGAGCAGGGACCUGAGACUGAGCGUGAAGCAUCGCCAGAUAUGCAAGCCAUUAUUCCGAAUGACGAUGAUUUGCUCAAUGACACACCUGUGACAUCUCCAGCCCCAUCAAUCCAUGAAGAGGAAUUGGCAUCGGAGGAGCCCACUUCCGGCGAUGAAGCCCUCGAAUCCGAUGAUGGCCAACAGAUACCGCAAGAAGACAAGCCCGAACCUGUUGCUCCUCCGGCGUCUGAAUACAACACGCGGGAAACUGACUUGUUGGAGCUAUGCUUGAAGCUGUGGAAGAAAUAUCCGGACCCCUUUGUGAAGCUUCUGAGCCCGGAAAACACGCUCCCCCCAGAGAAUGGAGUCACUGCAGAGCCCGCGCCCCCUAGCCUCAUCACGACCAUCGUGCGCGUGCCCAAAAAUCCCAAGGUGCUAAAGGGAGGAUACUUGUUGGUGCCAAACAACGAAUCUACGCGAUGGGUCAAGAGAUUUGUGGAGCUAAGAAGACCAUAUCUUCAUGUAUACUCUGCCACGGACGGCGACGAGGUGGGCCUUGUAAGCCUGCGUAAUUCACGCAUCGAUAGCCAGCCUGGCGUCCUCGGAUUACUGCACGGACCUGAUGACUACGACUCGCCACCGCGAAGCUCCAAUUCACCUGAUUUUACCCCCGGCCACCGACGAACAGCUUCGGGACGCGUAAUUUCAACUAUCUGGACUGCUGCUAAUGGCGGGGGAUCUGCUGCUGGACAAGGACUGCAGCGGCUGAGCGAACGGAUGCAAGCGGCCGUGUUUGCCAUCUAUGGGACGGACAACACAUGGCUCUUUGCGGCUCGCAGCGAGCGCGAUAAGCAGGAUUGGAUCUUUAGGAUUGACCAGACGUUCAAUUCCAACGGCGAGAACACACCUGUCAGCGGCAUCAUGAGCCCCGGCCAAGGCAGCGACUAUUAA